AUGUUCACAUGCAUCAGAAGAAGAAAUGUUCACAUGCAUCAGAAGAAGAAAUGUUCACAUGCAUCAGAAGAAGAAAUGUUCACAUGCAUCAGAAGAAGAAAUGUUCACAUGCAUCAGAAGAAGAAAUGUUCACAUGCAUCAGAAGAAGAAAUGUUCACAUGCAUCAGAAGAAGAAAUGUUCACAUGCAUCAGAAGAAGAAAUGUUCAUAUGCAUCAGAAGAAGAAAUGUUCACAUGCAUCAGAAGAAGAAAUGUUCACAUGCAUCAGAAGAAGAAAUGUUCACAUGCGUCAGUAGAAGAAAUGUUCACAUGCGUCAGUAGAAGAAAUGUUCACAUGCAUCAGAAGAAGAAAUGUUCACACGCAUCAGAAGAAGAAAUGUUCACAUGCGUCAGUAGAAGAAAUGUUCACAUGCGUCAGUAG